AGACGAGAAGAGUGCGACAGAACUUGAAAGAAGUUCCCUCCUGUCCCUUGCUUUUUGAGGACGCUACUACCAGAGGAAUUCGGGACACCAGUUGCGGGGUACACGUAAUUACGCACGAGAUAAAACCAUUUUGUCCACGCAUUACGGCUAUAACUUCACAAGCUGUCGACUAUUUUGUUUCUAUUCGCUAAAAAGGUCAGUACAAUAGUUUGAAAAGACUACCCAUUAAGUAAUUGUUAUUAGCUUUAACGUGGAGAUUUUGACUAAAGAUUGAAUUCCUAAAAACCAAAUGACGGCCGAGGUCCAGCAGCCCUCAGUGCAGACUCCUGCCCAAAGCAGUCCGAUGUCUGCUCCGGAAAAGCCGCACAGUCAGACGUCAGUGAUGGAGACGGCCUCCUCUACGACCAAAACCAAGAAGACAAACGCUGGUAUUCGUCGCCCUGAGAAGCCGCCGUAUUCUUACAUAGCCCUGAUCGUCAUGGCCAUCCAGAGUUCCCCUACAAAACGUCUGACUUUGAGUGAGAUUUACCAGUUUCUUCAGAGCCGCUUUCCUUUUUUCAGGGGCUCUUAUCAAGGAUGGAAGAACUCCGUGCGUCACAACUUGUCCCUGAACGAGUGCUUUAUUAAAUUGCCAAAGGGUCUUGGUCGACCAGGGAAGGGCCAUUACUGGACUAUCGAUCCGGCCAGUGAGUUCAUGUUCGAGGAGGGAUCUUUCCGCAGAAGACCAAGGGGUUUCAGGCGUAAGUGUCAAGCGUUGAAGCCGUCAAUGUAUAGCAUGAUGAACGGACUUGGAUUCAACCAUCUACCAGAGUCGUAUAACUUCCAGGGGAGCGGGGGAGGACUGUCCUGUCCUCCAAACAGUUUAUCUUUAGAGAGUGGAAUUGGAAUGAUGAAUGGACAUUUGGCGGGCAACAUGGAGGGAAUAGGGUUGGCAGGGCAUUCGAUGUCACAUUUGUCGGCCAACGGUGGACAUUCCUACAUGGGAAGUUGCACAGGGUCCACCGGGAACGAGUACCCACACCACGACAAUUCUGCCUCUCCCCUGCUGACCAGUGGAGGAGUCAUGGAGCCUCAUCCGGUCUACUCAAGCACACCAUCCGCAUGGGCUCCUGCGCCCUCGUCCUCGCUGAAUAACGGGGCCUCUUACAUCAAGCAGCAGCCACUGUCUCCAUGCAACCCCGGAGCGAAUCCACUGCAGCCAAGCUUGCCAACGCAUUCUCUUGACCAGUCAUAUCUGCACCAGAACGGACACAGCACAACCGACUUACAAGGUAUCCCUCGGUAUCAUUCCCAGUCUCCAAGCAUGUGCGACAGGAAGGAAUUCGUCUUCUCCUUCAAUGCGAUGACGUCGUCAACGAUGCAUUCACCGAGCAGCGGGUCUUAUUAUCACCAUGCACAACAAGUCGCAUAUCAGGACAUCAAGCCGUGCGUGAUGUGAAGGCAGUAUCUUGAAUUAAAAGACAAGACUGACAAAGAGCCACUAAACCUAGUAUGCAGCUGUAGGGGAGCAAGGGAAACGCUCAGUCGCAGCCCCAUAACAACGUGGCCUAGAGCAGAUGGCUUUUCAUGACUGCGAAGAUUACCAAGAAGCAAACUCCAGUCACUGAUUUCAGUGAGCAGUGGAUCCAGUCGCAGAACCACGACUUCAGUGACCGUUAUUGCGGUGGGAAAUUACCAGAAAGGUGCAUUGACUUGAUUUCAAUUUCCCGAGUUGCCAGCGUACCACUACCAAAGGUAACGCCGCAAACAACCUCCAUAAUUCCAGUGCAUCUCAACCCCUGCAGCCGCUCGGUACUAUAAUUCUGCUGGCGGAUAACUACCACUUGACAAUUUGUAUUUUUCUUCAAACUCAUUUGUAUUUUUAGACAAAAAUGAUUCUCUAUUAUACUUUACACUCGGGUUUUUAAUUGCAACACUAUUUUAUGACUUCAUCUAUUUUUAAUCAGAAAUGAAACUGAGGGGAAAUGAAGGCACUUUUAAAUACCAAAGCGCAACUCAUUUUAUUUAUUCUGUGCAUAUUUUAAUUGUAAAAAAUAUCGCCACAUAUUGAAUGCUUUAUUGGCAAUAUUUGCCCAGAGAAUUUUUUACUGAGGUUCAACAGAUAAUGGAGAAUAAAUGUAAGCACUGUUAGUUAUUACUUGUCUUUAUUUUGGUGUAUAUAUACAUACUGACACCCGUCUUACUUUUCCCAGCACUAUAAAUUGUACAUGAUGUAAUAUCGUUGAGUGGACUUUUUGUCUACUUUCAUUGCUUUAGAUUAGGCUAGUAUGUAUUUUAACUACUCACGAUUUGUAUAGAAUUAAACGUAUUGGCAUGAAGUUUGUUCAACUUUUGAAAACGUCUAUAAAAUUGUUUUCCCUUUCAAA